UCUCCCUCCAUCUCUCUCCUCCUCCUCAAUCUCUCCUUGACUGUUUGUCAUACGCCUCCCCUUGAACCACAUUAUCCCUCCAGUCAUCCGCCUCCGCUGAAGGAACAGGGUGGCUCCUGCGUCCCUCAGCAAGCUCUGUCCCCAGCCCAGCUGCCCGAAGAGGCCGAGUGUCUGACGGUGCCCAAGUACAAGAGGGACCUGGUGCAGAAGCUGAAGAUUCUGCGGCAGGAACUUUCUCAGCAGCAACCCCAGGCCGGCCACUGCCGCAUCGAGGUCUGCCGCGAAGAGAUAUUUGAGGAGUCAUACCGGCAGGUGAUGAAGAUGCGUCCAAAGGAUCUCUGGAAAAGACUGAUGAUCAAAUUCAGAGGAGAAGAGGGACUGGACUAUGGUGGGGUAGCAAGGGAAUGGUUAUACCUGCUGUCCCACGAGAUGCUGAACCCCUACUACGGCCUGUUCCAGUACUCCAGAGAUGACAUCUACACUCUACAGAUUAACCCCGACUCUGCUGUCAACCCGGAGCACCUGUCGUACUUCCACUUCGUGGGUCGCAUCAUGGGCAUGGCGGUGUUCCACGGCCACUACAUCGACGGAGGCUUCACUCUGCCCUUCUACAAACAGCUGUUGGGGAAACCGAUCACGCUGGACGAUAUGGAGUCUGUCGACCCGGACCUCCACAACAGCCUUGUCUGGAUCCUGGACAAUGACAUCACCGGCGUCCUGGACCACACUUUCUGUGUCGAGCACAAUGCCUAUGGAGAAAUCAUCCAACAUGAGCUCAAGCCCAAUGGCAAGAGUGUCCCAGUCACAGAGGACACCAAGAAGGAGUAUGUCAGGUUGUAUGUGAGCUGGCGUUUCCUGCAUGGCAUCGAGGCUCAGUUUCUGGCUCUGCAGAAAGGCUUCAAUGAGGUUAUUCCUCAACACCUGCUCAAAUCCUUUGAUGAGAAAGAACUGGAGCUGAUAGUGUGUGGUCUGGGAAAGAUUGACAUCUCUGACUGGAAGUCCAACACCCGUCUGAAGCACUGCACCGCCGAGAGCAACAUCGUCAAGUGGUUUUGGAAAGCCGUGGAGUCGUUUGACGAGGAGAGGAGGGCCCGGCUGCUGCAGUUUGUUACCGGCUCGUCCAGAGUCCCACUGCAAGGCUUCAAGGCUUUACAGGGUGCUGCAGGGCCCAGACUCUUCACCAUUCAUCAGAUCGAUGCCAACGCCAACAACCUGCCCAAAGCCCAUACCUGGUGUGUGUCACGUACACCUGCAGGCACACAAACAAUACCUCUCA